AGCAGGUUUUCCUACUUACAAAGCAUGUAGAGGUCUGUAAUUUUUUAUCAUAGGUACACUUCAACUGUGAGAGUCGGAAUCUAAAACAAAAAUCCAGAAAAUCACAUUGUAUGAUUUUUAAGUAAUUAAUUGACAAACAUUUACAGACCUCUACAUGCUUUGUAAGUAGGAAAACCUGCAAAAUCGGCAGUGUAUCAAAUACUUGUUCUCCCCACUGUAUGUUUGUUUCCCUAAAAUUAAGUAUUUGUGUGAUUUAAUGAGAUAAGACAUGUUUACAUUUGCGUAUUCAAUCCAAAAUUUUGAUGUAAACAGUCAGCAACUAAACGCACAUAGUGUAUCUUUAAAUAGCGCAAUGCGGUUUUAUUGAAUGUUGCCCAUAGUGUCAUUGUGCCAUCCUGGUAGGUUCUAAGGUGAGUCUCUCUCCCCUAGAUAUGUCAGAGGCUGUCCUCAGGUGUAUGCGGUCAAGCCGUCAUCUCCUGGUGGUCCUGAGCCCCACCUACCUGACAGAGAAGAGUGUCAGCCUGCUGGAGUGUCGCCUGGGCCUCUACAUCCAGCUCACCUGCCAUGCCCACAUCAUCACCAUCCUUUACAGCCCCCUCCCGAGACUACUGGCCUCUUGCACUGAGGCCAAGCAGCUACGCCGCAGUACUGCCACCAUCACCUGGAGGGGACCCCAGUCGGAGUCGUCCACCUCUCGCUUCUGGAAGCGCCUGCGCCUGGACCUGCCUGUGAGACCGCUGGCCCUGGGGAGGAGGCUCAUCGACAGCACAUCGUCCCACUCCGACCUGGCCACUUCUUUGGGCCAGCAGUGCCAGCCGCAGGAUGCCGCCGAGCCACAGAGACAGAGGGAUGGCAAGAGUGCUGCAGGCAACGGUGUCAGAGGCAGGGGGCGCAAGUGGAGGAUACAGAGGAUACAGGAGGCGCGGAGCAGGGAGAUGUUGAAGGCGGGACACGGUAAGAACUGUGGAGUGUGUGUGAGAGAGCCCCACCGCAUCUUGGGUAGGGCGGCUGUGAAGACCCAGCAUACACAUCAACCCACAGAAAACAUUAUCAGACCUGAGACCCAACCAAGACUUCAUCCAAGCAGCACAGAAUCCCAACUAGGACUUCAUUCAAGCAGCACAAAAGCCCAACCAGGACUUCAUCAAAUCAGUACAGAGACCGAAACCAGAACUUCAUCCAAGCAGCACAAAGACCCAAGCGGGACUUGACCCUAAGAGUACUGAAACUCCAGCAGAACAACCACAUCCUUCGCCUAGCCAACCACAGAACUUUGACAACUGUGCGUGCGACCUACAGUAGAUAACAAUAAAAGCAGCAAUAUCAGGCAUGGCUGUGCACUGUAGAACACUGUCUGAAGACAGGGGCAACUGCAAUAAACUUGGCUUACAAAUUGCGAAAUGCUAAGGACAUAUCGGAUUAGAAUAGCAGAGGAGGCAACUUUGUUUCUUAAGUGGAGAAAUGUGGAAAGUACAUUUUAUGGGUAUGUAAUGACAAACAUUUGACAUUAAAUAUAGUCUGUUCUGUAUAUCUCAUUUGGUUCUUCACUGACCUAUUGAAGACGUCACCCGUUCACCAUCCACUGGCCUGGGUUGGUUUGUCGACCCAUCUGUUUAUCUGUGUGUGACUUUGUUGGGGGAAGGGGGUGGGUGAUUAGCAACCAGUCAGACAGGCUUCUGGGACAAUGAGGACCAUAAAAGAUUGGAGAUUGUUGGAACUGACUGACAGAUACUAACUACCUGUCCAAGCAAACUGCACUGUGCUGAGUGUUUCUGGAUUAUCAUAAUAUACUCUAUCUAGUGUCCAUUUUCCUUCUUUGGUGGUCCUUUGAGCCCAUGACAAAUGGUACUCAAAUUUGGUUCAGAAAUCCAUCCAACUUUAUCAAUGCUUUUUUAAGAUUGUGUUCUGAUGUGCCACACAACAAUUUCCCAUCUCAGUGAAUAUGCAAUUCAUUAAAACUCGAUUAUGAAUUAUUUCUACAGGAAAUAUAACCUUGUCGCAAUGUUAUUACAGUGUAUUUCCUUAUGACAUUAAUGUGUUGUUUUGAAUGAGGGUUAUAUUAUCAAAAGCUGUACCCUUUUUCCAUAUGGAUCACAGAUUGAGGCAAGUUCAAUGACGACAUACUGUACAGCACAUUCAUAAUGCUGAAGUGCAGAAAAAGAGAGUAGAAAAAGGGAGGGAGAGAGAAUAUCGUGCUGUUUUCUCAAUGGCUGCUUUCAGUGAAGGUGCUAAUUUCCUUCCAUUGAGGCAAAUUACACACACAUUGAAGGGAAUCGUUUAAGCUUGCACCUGAAUAGUGCAGGAGACUUUAGCCACUACACAUAUUAUUUCAACAGGUCUCGUUGAGAAAAAUAUUCAUUUUUUAAGUUACCUGGAAAUUGAUUUGAUCAACCUUAGAUCCAAUUAGAGCAUGAGCAAGGCAGACAUUUACAUAAUCACUGCUCAGAUUGAGUGGGAGUAAAUUGGUUUAGAAGUAUACAGUCCUGGCCAAAAGUUUUGAGAAUGACACAAAUAUACAUUUUCACAGUCUGCUGCCUCAGUUUGUAUGAUGGCAAUUUGCAUGUACUCCAGAAUGUUAUGAAGAGUGAUCAGAUGAAUUGCAAUUAAUUGCAAAGUCCCUCUUUGCCAUGCAAAUGAACUGAAUCCCCGAAAAACAUUUCCCCUGCAUUUCAGCCCUGCCACAAAAAGGACCAGCUGACAUCAUGUCAGUGAUUCUCUCGUUAACACAGGUGUGAGUGUUGGUAAUGACAAGGCUGGAGAUCACUCUGUCAUGCUGUUUGAGUUUGAAUAACAGACUGGAAGCUUCAAAAGGAGGGUGUUGCUUGGAAUCAUUGUUCUUCAACUAUGGUUACCUGCAAGGAAACAGCAUUGCUUUGCACACAAAGGGCUUCACAGGCAAGGAUAUCGCUGCCAGUAAGAUUGCACCUAAAUCAACCAUUUAUCGGAUCAUCAAAAACUUCAAGGAGAGCGGUUCAAUUGUUGUGAAGAAGGCUUCAUGUGGCCAAGAAAGUCCAGCAAGCGCCAGGACCGUCUCCUAAAGGUGAUUCAGUUGCGGGAUCGGGGCACCACCAGUACAGAGCAUGCUCAGGAAUGGCAGCAGGCAGGUGUGAGUGCAUCUGCACGCACAGUUAGGCAAAGACUUUUGGAGGAUGACCUGGUGUCAAGAAGGGCAGCAAAAAAGCCACUUCUCUUCAGGAAAAACAUCAAGGACAGACUGAUAUUCUGCAAAAGGUACAGGGAUUUGAACUGCUCAUCAUUUUCUCUGAUUAAUUCCCUUUCCGAUUGUUUGGGGUAUCCGGAAAAAAGCUUGUCCGGAGAAGACAAGGUGAGCUCUACCAGUCCUGUGUCAUGCCAACAGUAAAGCAUCCUGAGACCAUUCAUGUGUGGGGUUGCUUCUCAGCCAAGGGAGUGGGCUCACUCACAAUUUUGCCUAAGAACACAGCCAUGAAUAAAGAAUGGUACCAACACAUCCGCCGAGAGCAACUUCUCCUAACCAUCCAGGAACAGUUUGGUGACGAACAAUGCCUUUUCCAGCAUGAUGGAGCACCUUGCCAUAAGGCAAAAGUGAUAUUUUGGGUCAAUGGCCAGGAAACCUCCCAGACCUUAAUCCCAUUGAGAACUUGUGCUCAAUCCUCAAGAGGCAGGUGGACAAAAAACAAAACAAAUUCUGAUAUACUCCAAGCAUUGAUUAUGCAAGAAUGGGCUGCCAUCAGUCAGGAUGUGGCCCAGAAGUUAAUUGACAGCAUGCCAGGGUGGAUUGCUGAGGUCUUGAAAAAGAAGGGUCAACACUGCAAAUAUUGAGUCUUUGCAUCAACUUCAUGUUAUUGUCAAUAAAAUCCUUAGACACUUAUGAAAUGCUUGUAAUUAUACUUCAUUAUUCCAUAGUAACAUCUGACAAAAAUAUCUAAAGACACUGAAGCAGCAAACCUUGUGGAAAUUAAUAUUUGUGUCAUUCUCAAAACUUUUGGCCAUGACUGUACAUUAACACAAACAAAUCACUGAGCAAAGAUGGCGCCGGAGAAGAAGGCUCACGUUUUACGUGUCCCUAACAAAUUGUGUUUUUUUUUCUUUGUGUUGUUUGUAACUUUUUUUUUUAUUAACUUAUUUUGUACAUAAUUUUGCUGCUACCGUCUCUUAUAACCGAAAAGAACUUCUGGACAUCAGAGUCCUUUUUUUCCUUUAACGUCAAUGACAUACUGCUUUCCCGGGGACAGGCUCAUUUGCGUGUGGUAAAGGCAGAGAAAAAAAGGGUCCGGAAGGCGGCUGCAUUCUUAGAAUUCAUAAGCAAUCGAAUAAACCCCCACCCAAAUUAAAGCUACACUUGUUGUGAAUCCAGCCAACAUGUCAGAUUUCAAAAAGGCUUUUCGGCGAAAGCAAACAAUGCUAUUAUCUUAGGAUAACCCCCAAAUAACCCCCACCCAAAUGCUUUCGAGCGGCUAGAUGUUCUUUACCAUUUGGCCAUCAGAUUUGCAAUCAAUGCUCUUUAUAGGACACAUCACUGCACUCUAUACUCCUCUGUAAACAGGUCAUCUCUGUAUACCUGUCGCAAGACCCACUGGUUGAUGCUUAUUUAUAAAACCAUCUAAGGCCUCACUCUCCCCUAUCUGAGAAAUCUACUGCAGCCCUCAUCCUCCACAUAAAACACCCAUUCUGCCAGUCACAUUCUGUUAAAGGCUCCCAAAGUACACACAUCCCUGGGUCGCUCCUCUUUUCAGUUCGCUGCAGCUAGUGACUGGAAUGAGCUGCAACAAACACUCAAACUGGACAGUUUUAUCUCAAUCUCUUCAUUCAAAGACUCAAUCAUGGACACUCUUACUGACCGUUGUGGCUGAUUUGUGUAAUGUAUUGUUGUCACUACCUUCUUGCCCUUUGUGCUGUUGUCUGUGCCCAAUAAUGUUUGUACCAUGUAUUGUGCUGAUACCAUGUUGUGUUGUCAUGUGUUGCUGCUUGUUAUGUUGUCUUAUGUCUCUCUUUAUGCAGAGUUGUCUCGCUUGUUGUGAUGUGUUUUGUCCUAUAUUUAUAUUUUAUUUAUUUUUAUUUUUUAAUCCCAAACCCCCGUCCCUGCAGGAGGCCUUUUGGCUUUUGGUAGGCCGUCAUUGUAAAUAAGAAUUUGUUCUUAACUGACUUGCCUGAUUAAAUAAAUAAAUAGAAAACUUUACAAAAUUCA